AUGUGCGAUCGGUGGCUCAGUUUUUUCGAAGAUCCAACCCUCUGGUGGGACAACAGAGGCAAGAAUUGGAAAGGGUAUCCAGAAUUUAAGCACUCAGUUUCUGGUGAAGGGCUCUACAUAAGUUCCUGUCCAGAGUCUCUGAAGGCCAAGCUUGAAUCUUUGGGAAAACCCCCCAAAAGUUGUUCUAGCGGUGUCCGAGCAGCUUUUGUUGGAGGAGUGACCGGAGCUGUCAAGGUGUUGAAUUCUCAAACAGCCCAUGAAGCGCACCCCCAGAACCGGCACACAAGCAGCAUUCAGCGAGAAAAAGCUCCCACGCUUUCCAUUACACAAGACGAAGCUCCACCGAGAAAGCAGCUAAGUGCGCACUUCGAAGCCAGGAACCAGGUUUUGGCGGAGCUCAAACGAUGCAACGAUCCAGCGAAAGGAAGGGAGCUUCACUUCAGAGCUGCGAGCGAGCAUCUCCUCAACAAGUACGUAGCAACAGCGGUAAUCACCAUGUACUCGAGGUGUGGUAAGCUGGAGGACGCUCGGAAGGUCCUGGACGAAAACCGCAAGAUGCUACACGGUCAUGUCGUUGCAUGGAACGCUAUGAUCCUUGGUUACGCGCAGAACAACGAGAACGAGCUCGCCCUGGAGCUGUUUUCGUGCAUGCCUGACAGAUCGGGCUGCGAGCCGGAUGCGAGAAGUUUUGUUGCGGCUCUCAAGGCUUGCGCGGGCUUGGCGAGCAAAGAGGAGCCCAAGCAGGUCCAGGGACGGGCCGUGAAGAGGAUGGCUUUGGAGAGAGGCGUGGAGAUCCAUGCCCAGGCUGAGGAGCGGGGAUUUGCGAGUGACAUCUUUGUGGCGACAACGCUGGUGGAUAUGUACGCCAAAUCUUGUGACCUGCCCCGUGCUCGCGCGGUGUUUGACAAGAUCUCCGCACCGAGGAACAUCGUGACUUGGAACGCAUUGCUCUUGGGAUACGUCGAAAACGGCAGGAGCGAGGCUGCUCUGGAGCUCUUGAGCCGGUGCCGUCUCGAGUGCGAGCUGAAUGCUACGAGCUACGCUGUGGCUCUCAGAGCUUGUGGCAAUGUCAUGGGACUGGAACUCGGCAGGGAACUCCACAAGGAGAUCAAGAUGAACCAUCAGCUGCGGAACAAUCCGGUCGCGGGCACUUGCGUUGUGGAUUUCUACGCAAAGUGUGGCGCCAUGUGGGAAGCUCAGGAAGCUUUCGACUCCAUUCCUGAGAGCUCGAGAGACUCGGCCGCUUGGAACGCGCUUCUUUCAGGGUAUAGCCAACAAGGAGACUACGAGAGUGUGUUAUCCCGGUUUCAAGCCAUGGAUGCCAAGGGCCUGGUUAAUGGUAUCACCAUCAUCUUCGCGCUCACCGCUUGUAGUCACACCGGAAGUAUUGGACUGGCGAAAGACCUGUUCGAUGGACUCCGGCAUCUGGUUUACGGCGUGGCUCCGACUCUGGAGCACUUUACGUGCAUGGUGGAUUUUUACGGGCGGGCAAAUCUCUUUGAUGAAGCACUGGAGCUGAUCAAGAGCAUGAGAGACGAUCACGGCCUGGAACCCGAUGUUAUCCUGUGGAGGACGCUGCUUGGGGCGUGCCGGAAGUGGAAGAAAGUUGACGUAGGGAGGCUGGCGUUUGAAUCGCUGCUGAAAUUGGACAAGGAGGUGUCCGCGGCUUACGUGCUCAUGGCGGGGAUCUAUGCGAGCUCUGGAAUGCUGAAGGAGAGGGACGAGGUUUUGAGGGCAAGGAAAGAUGUGAGGGCGUGGAAGAAGCCCGGGCAGACAUGGUGGACAGAUGACAAAGGGAAAGUUCACAGUUUUGUGGUGGGUCGCAAAGAUCACCCGCAGUAUCGAGACGUUGCAUGCAAGGUUGACGAGGUUAUGGGGAAAAUCAAGGUGGAAGGUUAUGUGGCCGAUAUCAAUGGUGUUUUUCCCAGUGAUGAAGGUGUUGCCAAGGAAGAUGCCUUGUGUGGGCACAGUGAAAAGUUGGCUAUUGCAUGUGCCUUAAUCAACUCCAAGCCUGGGACAACUAUAAGAAUCGUGAAGAAUCUCAGGGUCUGUGAUGACUGUCACAAUGCCACUGCCAGAAUCUCUAAGGUUGAGGGCAGAGAAAUUGUAUGCAGGGAUGCUAGCCGACUGCACGUCUUUAGAAAUGGCAUCUGCUCAUGCAACGAUUAUUUCUGA